CAUGAUCUGAAAGCUCCCUCUGAGGAGUCUGAGGAAUGUGGACAAGGAGCGACAGCAUCAGAAGCCGCAGUCGCUCCACAAUGCCUUCCUUUUACUCUCUGAUGAUCGGGGUGACAUUCAUCUUCCACAGCAGCGGAAUCCCAUGGACUCAGGAAAAGCUCCAACACACAGCUGUUUCACUGACAAACGAGGAGAUCAGCGCCGUCCUGAAUCAUACUGAUGUGGAUCAAAUGUGGGAGAGGGACCUGAAGCCUCUACUGGUUGUCAGGUACCCAGGUUCUGCAGGCAACCAGGCUGUACAGGAACAUAUAAAGACAACUCUUGGUUCCCUCGGAGCCGGCUGGGAAGUGACGACGGACAGGUUCGACUCAGAAACACCUUACGGCCGACUUCCUUUCACCAACCUGAUCGCCACACUGGACCCGUCGGCGAAGCGCCGCCUGGUUCUGGCCUGUCACUACGAUUCCAAAUACUACCCACCACAGUGGCACGGGAAGGAGUUCCUGGGGGCCACAGACUCUGCCGUGCCCUGUGCCAUGAUGCUGGAGUUGGCACGGGCCCUGGAUGAGGAACUGAAAGCUCAGAAGAGCUCCAACUCUAACCUGACCCUGCAGCUGAUCUUUUUUGAUGGGGAGGAGGCUCUUUUCCAGUGGACCUCCACUGAUUCCCUGUAUGGCUCUCGCCACCUGGCUGAGAAGAUGGAGGUCACCCCACACCCCGAGGGAGCCACAGAGACCAACCUGCUGCAUGGCAUAGAUCUCUUUGUGCUGUUGGACCUUAUCGGGGCCCCUGCCCCUCUCUUUGGAAACAAGUUCCAAGACACCAAACCCUGGUUCACCAGACUGCAGAACAUUGAGAAGCGCCUGCACGCAGCGAACCAGCUUGUGGAGCAUCCAAACAGCGUGCAGUAUUUCUGGCCCGGUGUUCCAGUCGGCCAUGUUUUAGAUGAUCACGUGCCGUUCCAUAAUAGAGGUGUUCGGGUCCUGCACCUCAUCCCUGCCAGCUUUCCGUCUGUAUGGCACAGGUUUGAGGAUAACGAGGAGAACCUGGACCGCCCCACGAUUACAAACCUCAGCAAGAUUCUUCAGAUUUUUGUUCUGGAGUACCUCAACGCCAAACCUACCAGCCCUACAAACCCUCAAAAUGCUCCAUGAACUCAUUCAAUCCUCCUCAUAGCUCAUCUUAGUAGUAGUUUUUCAUGUCAAACAUCGAGGUCUUCAGAAAUGUUAUCUUGUUUGAUCAAAGCAGUAAGACGUGAGGUAAUGUUUGAUUUAUUUGCAGGUCAUGAUAUUUCUUCUAUUGUUGAUCUGUUCAACGAUCGCAGGAAGUGGGGUUCAUUUUUUUACCAAAGCAGCAUCUCUGAAAGCCUUCACGUCCCGUCUUCCUGCCUAUAGAAGUGGAUUACUUCCUGUGCUGAUGUCUCAUGUGCCUGUUUCUGUUUAUAUGAUUCUAUAAGCUAGCUUUUAAUGUAAAUGCCAGAAUAAUCCACACUGCCAAAUCUGGUAUCCUGUAUUUUGACAGUGAAUAAAUGUUUGUGCAGAAAAUAAGGAGUGUAAAGCGA